UUCAACCAAAUCAAAAUGGCGGCAACAUCUGACAAUAAGGAAGAUAUAAAGAACGUCGAAGACACAUCAAAUAUAUCCUCAGUAGAUAAUGAAAAGGAUUUAGACAUGGAUAUCAAAAAAGAAACAGAAACAGAAACGCAAGAAAAACCAAAUGAAAAUCACGAAUCUCAGAGUGAUAUUGACCAAUCAGAUGACGAACAUCUAAUGGUGAUAGAAACACCUGAAGGACUUACAAUUGUAGAGAAUGCUUCUUGUGGUUGUAGUGGGCAUGAUCACAGACAUGAUGAUGUAGAACUUCCUGUAGAUGAUGAAAAUGCACCAGCAACAGAUGAGUCGUCAGAGGCUGCCCUGGAUGCUAGCACACCUGAAGAAAUGAUUGAAAAAUUAAUAGACAUGAGACAACAUGAGGUUUUAGACCUACCUGAAACAGUGACAAAGCUCGUAACUCCGGCUGGCUGUAUUGUUUACCUGAUUGGAACUGCUCAUUUUAGUAAAGAAAGCCAGGAAGAUGUAGCAAAGACAAUCCAAGCGGUGAAGCCCGAUGUAGUUGUAGUAGAGCUAUGUAAAAGUAGAGUUGAUAUACUCAAGUAUGAUGAAGAAUUCCUUCUACGAGAAGCAAAAAAUAUUGACAUGCAAAAGUUAAAGUUUGCAAUAAAACAGAGUGGUGUUGUGGGUGGCGUAAUGCAGGUCCUUUUGUUAAGUAUGUCAGCACACAUUACAAAACAACUAGGAAUGGCUCCUGGAGGGGAAUUCAGAGCAGCAUAUAAUGAGGCCAAGAAAAUCCCAGGUUGUCAAAUUCAUCUUGGUGAUAGACCUAUUCAGGUAACCUUAUCAAGAGCAAUGUCAGCUCUUAGUUUAUGGCAGAAGACAAAGCUUGCCUGGCACUUACUAACCUCAAAACAGCCUAUCAGCAAAGAAGAUGUAGAAAGAUGUAAACAGAAGGACCUUUUAGCUGAGAUGUUGGCUGAAAUGACUGGAGACUUUCCAUUACUUUAUAAAGUGUUUGUGUCAGAGCGAGACCAAUACCUUGCAAAAUCACUGAGGCUAUCAGCGAUGCCUAUAGCUGUGCAUAAUCAAGAGGGAGAAUAUCAGGGUACAAUACCCAGUGUUGUUGUAGGUGUAGUAGGAAUCGGUCAUACAGUAGGAAUAAAGGAAAACUUUGACAAGGAUAUUGACAUUCAAGAAUUACUCAAAGUUCCAAAACCAAGCAAAACAAGCCAAUUGGUAAAGUUUUCAAUCAAAGCAUUAUUUGGUGUUUUUCUUGCCUGGGGAACUUACAAAAUAUUAAAAUGGACCACUGUUACUGAAUACAUCUAUAUACCAUGGUAUAAUUGAAUAUUAGAAAAAUAUUUUUCCAUUGAGAAUCUCUGAUACACAGAAACUUAGAGUACCAAAGCCAGUGUGAUGUCAUCAAAUUCCAAGUGGAUUGUCAUGUACUGUUUAAUAAACUCGCAGGAAUCGUUUUAUCAGGAUUUAAAAACAUGAGGCUUAGCAGAGUGUUUUUAGACCUAAUAAAACAGGAUCUGCGAGUUUAUUGAACGGCUUCAAAAACUGAUGAUGUAUGUUCUCAUAUUGUACUGAAUUCUUUACGAAAUGAACCAAGUUUGAUGGAGAAAAUCCAAGUUAAAGCUUAUGCAAAUGAAGACGAAUCUAUAUCAGAUAUAAAAUCACCUUCAAGGUCAUGAUUUCUAUUGUGUUUCCUUCGUGAAAUAUUAAUGAGUUCUUGAAGUUUAAAUAGAACUCAGCAUUACCUACAUUUGGCAGAUGUAUAAAUGAAGAUAUUAGACAUCAUUUUGCCUUAUUUUACUCUGGAUCCAAUUUAUUAGAUCCACCACCAAAUAAGAGAAAAUGUCAAGGGAUAUUGUUGCAUUCAAUUACCUAUAUCUCAGCUAUUUUUCACUCUAUCACUUUGAAAUUCCACAUUAUAUCAUAAUGCAGUUUCUGUUCACCAAAAUCGUAAAGCUCUUCAAAAAAUAAUUUUAUGACUUCAUCACUUUCUUGGUACUAUAUUUGAGGUUAGAUUAGGGGGGUUAGGGAAAGGCAAGCCAAGAGAGGAUGCCUAAGCAGGCUUGCCUUGGAGUUUGAGUUUGGCUUAUGGACAUAAGAGGAUGGACAGAAAGACAGACUAGCAGACAAAUAAACAGACAAACAGUAACAUAAGUUUAACCUGCCUCAUGGAAUCCUAUGCAGUAGUUAAAGGACUUCUAAAUAUUCAACAUCACUACUCCAGCCUUUUACCACAUUGGCACUCCUUUUCUUUAUCCCUACCUACCCCCUAAUGCUGUUGUGCCAGCUUCAAUUGACACCGAAUUAAAUUAUCCCAUAUAUUAUCAUAUUUAUUAAAGAUAAAUGUUAGAAGAUGUAUUAUUUAAAUUAUGCCAAAGAAUUCUUGUAACGGUAAAUUUUAGCAGUUUUUUGUUUUGUUUAACUAGGUUAUUAAUUUUAUUGAAUAUUUUUUAAAUGGCAAUCCUUAAAUACUUUUAAAAUGUAAAACAAAUAUACUUGUACUAUUGUAGCUUUAAGAACACCUUUUGACACUUUAGAUUAAUAUCCGCUACUGUAAUGUUGAUAUUUUUAUGUCAACCUCUCUGACAACGAUUCUCGUUCAGUUAUCUGGCGAAUCACCAUCAUUCUUUUUUCCCCAACAAUGCCAACAAUUUUAUCAAUAAGGUAACAUUAAUAGUAAUGUUGGUAAGAUAAUUCUAAAUAAACAAGUACUAGUUAUUAUCA